GCUGUCCGCCGACUUCUUAAUUCGCUAUAAAACGAUUCGCUCCUCGAAGAAUUCCCUUCUGGGUCUAAAUUGGGUCGGGUAUAAUCAGGCACGGAUCCACCCAACCUAGUUGUCCACCGAGCGUCCCUCUCCUCCCCUCCUCCGAAGGAAAAAAAACUAUUAACGCUUCCACAGUCUGAGAUCGUGUGCUCCAUGAUGACCAAGUUUCUUCCUCUCUUCUUCCUUCCCCUUCCAGGAUACUCCUGCGCUCUCUUCUCCUGUUUCUUUCCUCUCAACCGUUCUCCUUCCUAUUUCUUGAUCCCAAGAACUGGUUUUCUUGAUACUAAAAUGUAUUCUAAGAGUUUUUUGGUCCUCCCUACGAUCAUGUUCGUUUCAUUGGAUCCCCGGAAAAACAUUGGAUCGAAACCUAGGGUUUCGCCUUUGAUUAGUAGAAAAAAAACAAGGGCGAAGACUGGUUAUGGCUAAGCAACCUGUGGUCGUUUCUACCAUCCAAAGUGUGCUGCAGAAUUAUUAUGCCCAGAUAAUAAAUCUAAAGCGUCCAAGUAUCAAAAAAGGAUCAAAGCUGGGAAAUCAUUUACUGGUCCUGUUCAUAAAUGUAUUGUUUGUAGACAGAGAAAACAAAGAGGUUAGAGAGCUGCAGUUUGCAAUAUGCAGACGGUGCCCAAAGUCAUACCACAGAAAGUGCUUGCCACGAGAGAUUGCCUUUGAAGAUACAAGAGAAGGUAUUGUACAAAGGGCUUGGGAUGGUCUUCUCCCUAACUGCACCUUGAUGUACUGCCUGAACCAUACAGUUAUGGAAGAGUUAACAACUCUGGUGAGAGACCAUGUUAUAUUUCCUGAUGCUGCUGGAAACAAAAAGAUCAUGGCCAUGCAGGAAAAGGAACUAGAUACUUUGGUGAAGAAGACCAGCGAGGUUUCUGAUGAUUUGUCUAGAGACCAGACUUCUGUAAAUGCAGAAAAGAUUGUAAAAAGCUUCAGUGGUAUGUGCAAGAUGGUGACAUGGUAGUUGACCUGCUGUGAUGCUAAUGCUUUCAGUCAACUGAUGAAAGAAAAACUUGAUGUAUCUGGGAAGAAUUUUUUCAAUUUUGAAAAGAGAGACUGAUUGCAAAUAAAGCCAGGAGAAUUGUCUGUAGGAUCAAAAUUGAUCAUGGUUCUCAAUCCUCCUUUUGGGGUUCAAGCAGAUGUUGCCAACAAGUUAAUUGACAAAGCUCUAACUUUCAAGCCAAAGCUCCUCAUUCUUACUGUUCCUGAAGAGGCCGCGAGACUUGACAGAAAAAGUGAACCAUAUGAUUUCUGAGAGGACAGUGAAAUGCUCUCAGAGAAGUCCUUUCCUUGUCUGGGUCUGUUGAUGUCAAUGACCAUCGAGAGGAGCAGUCAAAGCUCAAACCACCAGUGCUGUAUCUGUGGAGCCACCCGACCUGGACAAAGAUUUACAAGGACAGAGCCAUGGAGCACGGUCACACAUCUACCAAGCACAGACAGCAUGGUGCUGAAGAAGAAAGUCAAAUGCAAGGGCAGGCAAAUGCGCCUCCGGUGGAGGUAGAUGCACAAGAAUGUUGGAGGAAAGAUAUGACUCCAGAUGAGGGUGCAGGAUUUUGUAAGAAGAGACCCUUUUCAGAAAACCAGAAGGGUAUAUCUUGUAAACAACUAAAAUCAAAGCAUAAUCCGCACCAUGCUGAAGAAGGAAGUCAAGUGUAAAGGCAGGCAAAUGUGCUUCCAGUGGAAGGUACAAAAGAAUGAUGUGGCUCCAGAGGAGGAUGCACCAUUUGGUAACAAGAGACCCUCAGCAAACCAUGAGGGCAUAUCUUGUGAAAAACUAUUAUCAAAGAACAAGGCAGAGGUGUCUCGAGUGGAAUUUGGCAUUGGCAACAAUAGGCUUUCCAGUUUAAUGGGUUUGCUCCUGGGCCAUUCCCAUAUAUCCUUAUCCAGGUUCAUCAAAUUGUGGUUUUUCUAUUCUAUAUAUUCGGAACCAUCUUUGUUGAUAGCAUAUUUCUUCGUGAUGGACCCUUCGUUUAAUUUAAUAGGCAUCUUUGCCUGCAUGUAUUAGCAAUUAUGGGUUCUUUUAGGUAGAUAUAUAAUUGGACAAUUUCAUUGUGUGGUGCGUAUUAUUUCUUACUCUAUUUCAUUCCAAUUCUAUGGGAUUCUUUGAA